AUGACCGGUGGUAAAUCUGGUGGUAAAGCUAGCGGCUCAAAGAGCUCUCAAUCACGUUCCUCGAAGGCUGGCCUGGCCUUCCCCGUUGGUCGUGUUCACCGUCUUCUUCGAAAAGGCAAUUACGCUCAACGUGUUGGUGCUGGUGCACCUGUCUACUUGGCAGCGGUUUUGGAAUACCUCGCUGCCGAAAUUCUUGAAUUGGCCGGCAACGCCGCUAGAGAUAAUAAAAAAACUCGUAUUAUUCCGCGUCACUUACAGCUCGCUAUUCGCAACGAUGAAGAAUUGAAUAAGCUUUUGGGGCAUGUGACAAUCGCACAAGGCGGUGUUAUGCCCCAUAUCCAUCAGAAUCUUCUUCCGAAGAAGACUCCAAAAGGUGGAAAGAAUCCCAGUCAAGAACUUUGA